GUGGGCUUUCCUCCGGUUUUUCCCACUCUUCCCCGCUUUCCAGAUCUCUCUUUUUCCUCCGAUGAGUACCCAACUAGAGAGAGAAAAGGGGGAGAUGAAGGAAAACCCUAGCUAAACCUCGCAUCCGAGGCUCAGAUUCCGGCGGUAUCCCGACGAAUCCACCGCCAAUCGCGGAGCGAUCUCCGAGAAAAGCAGACAUUUUCUCCGGCUGCGGCGGGCGCUCCGAUCUGGACCGUCCGUGGCGGCCCGCCCCAACCCUCGCGGGAAAUCGAGCUCUCCUGCGCGGCGGCGGGUGGAGAGGGCCGAUCGCGACCGUGCCCGGCGAUCGGAAGGAAAAUUUUGGUUAUUCCAGGCCAGGGGAUUGAUCGAUUGAUCGAUCGGGAUAAAGAUGUAUAAGAAUCAGUUGCAGGAGCUGGCGCAGCGGAGCUGCUUCAAUCUGCCGUCGUACACUUGCAUAAGGGAGGGGCCGGACCAUGCUCCGAGGUUCAAGGCCACCGUCAACUUUAACGGCGAGGUCUUUGAGAGCCCGAGCUUCUGCACGACGUUGAGGCAGGCGGAGCACUCCGCGGCCGAGGUCGCCCUCCACGCCCUCGCCAACCGGGGCCCCUCCCACUCCCUCGCCGCCCGGAUCCUGGAUGAGACGGGGGUUUACAAGAACCUUCUACAGGAAAUUGCUCAAAGAGUUGGAGCUCCACUGCCAUCAUACACAACCGUGCGCUCCGGCCUUGGACACCUACCUGUCUUCACGUGCACAGUGGAGCUUGCUGGGAUCAUAUUCACAGGGGAGCCAGCUAAGAACAAGAAGCAGGCAGAGAAGAAUGCUGCUAUGGCAGCAUGGUCUUCACUAAAACAAUUGGCAAAGCAAUCAGCAAGCUCAUCAAGCGAACCUGAGAACAACGACGAGCAGGAGCAGAUCAUAAUUGCCCGGGCUCUCUUGAACUAUCGCCUGAAGGAAAAGAUGGCAAUGGCCAACAACCCCAAUGCGACACCAUUCCCAAAGAAGUUUCCUAUACAGCCAGAUAGAAAGCCAUCAUUUCAGCCUUCUCCAUCCACCGGGUCGAAGAUCUUACCUCUGAUCCGACCGAAAUCUUCUCCAAGAAUCCGCCCAACCUCCCCAGCAACGACUGAUGGUGGUCCUCCAUCUCCCUUCCUGCAACCAGAAAACCGCAGCACCCGGCCUCAGAAGUUCCCUGCAGCUGGAGCAGCUCCAUAUGUACCAGUUCGGCACUAUAGAAUGCCUUGCCAUGGCAUGGCGCCUCCGGUAACAAUAAGGACGGCGGUGCCGGUCUUUUCAGCUCCGCCCCUUCCACCACCACCAGCACACCCACCACGAGCAGAUCAUCGGCAUCAGCUUCCUCCACUUAUGGGCCCACCGAUUCGUAUGGCUUCACCUGUUCGUGUCAGACCGGCCGUGCCAGCCUUUGCUGCUCCACCCCCAGCCCCAGCUAAAACUCCAGCGGUCCCAGUUCAGGUAAAGGAACCCCCAGCCCCAGCUAAUACUCCAGCGAUCUCAGUUCAGGUAAAGCAACCUCCGGCUCCAGCUAGUACUCCGGUUAUCACAGUUCAGGCAAAGGAACCACCACCAGUUAUGGCAGCCUCCCCUCCAGCUAAACCUCCAGUGGAGAAAGAGGAAAAUGUUGAUGGUGGUGCUGCGAAGGAUCUGGAAGAGUCUACCGUGAUAGAGCGCUUGAAGCAGCUCGAGAUCUGACGGUGCUGAAACGCUGAGUCCUGAGAAAGUUGGAUCUCUGUCAUGCAUUUGGUUCUGUCUUGCAUCUUGUUUAAUUUUGUUUUCCUGUGAUGCUGGUAGGAUUUUGAAAAGGCUACAUUGUAAUAGAAUCUUAGCUUUAUAGAAGCAAAAUUUCAGCAGUCGGCCGUUCAGCUUAUUUGAAGGUCGCAUCAGUUUUUAGAUUUCAAGCUUCAAAGCCGUCAAUUUUAGCAAAUGACGAGUUAAGUUUGCUCUUCGCUACUAUGGGAACAUCCUGUAUAGUUGCUUCAUCUCAAUAAACAGCUAGCAGUUGAAAUCA